UUCAGUGGGUCACUUCGUCUUCUGGGAGAAAGGUGAGACUAUGCUUCAGCCGUACGAUGAUGAUAUGAAUUAAAGUAUUUAGUGAAAAGUUCCACAGGCAUCCGCAACUAACCUUUGAUCGUACACAGAAUUGAGUGAAAUCUUCACAACUGAUUGUAUUAAUAAUGGUUGUUACAUCUAACAGAGCUUUUGAUUGGGUGAUUAUAAAGAUGACAUAGGUGAAGACCUUUUGCUAUACAACAUAUAGCUAGAAUAUUGUUUACCGGAAACAGUAUCCACCACAGUACAGGAUAAUCUUUUCUAGGAAAGACUGAGGCCCAGUGUAAACAUUAGCGUGGUCCACUUAAAAAAAGCAAUAAAACAGACCAGAAACUCCAUUUCAGAACAAUAAAACGGGGUAGAACAAUAAGAUGUUAAACUGCGUUUCAGAACAAUAAAACAGAGCAGACCAAUAAGAUGUUAAACCGCAUUUCAGAACAAUAAAACAGAGCAGAACAGUAAGAUGUUAAACCGCAUAUCAGAACAAUAAAACAAGAUGUUAAACUGCAUUUCAGAACAAUAAAAGGAGCAGAGUAAAACCCCAUUUCAGAACAAUAAAAGAUGGCUUCCGUCACAGAAGAGAUGUGGAUCAAUCUUCCAGAACAUAUAGUGGUACAUAUUUUUUCAUAUCUUCCGUUUCACCAACGAUGUAAAUGUGCUCAAGUUUGUAGAAGUUGGCUAGAGUGUUUCAAUCAACCCUUUCUCUGGAAAACUUUCACUUUUCAAUUUUAUACGGAAAUUGACAAACGCUACCUCAAUUUAUUAAAACAACACGGACAUCACAUGAGAGCAGUGAAAAUUAUCUUGGAUCAACACGAGAAGGUGAAUCGAGAGAAUGCCUGUCAAGUUUUGGAAAUUCUUACGAAAACAGAAAAUCAGAAAGUGUCUUCCUUGUCAGUCGAGUUUAACGGUGAAAAUCCUUUAUUUUAUGGUGGUUUGGAAUUUAUUCAAAGUUUAAAAACAUUUUUUAACUCUGAUGCUACGAAUGCUGGAUUAUUAACUACGGUAGAUUUGGGUGGAUUAUGGGUUGAUUUAACUCAAGAACUUUUAGAUGUUUUAUCGAGUAAUCAUCCAAAUCUCCAGACUCUCAAUAUACAGAAUCGUAGUUUAAUUUGUAAAAUUCAUCCCGAUUGUUUGGUAAGAUUGGUGGGACGAUGUACCAACUUAACACAUCUCAGUUUAUUCUAUUGUAGUCUGUCUGACGAGGUUCUCGACGCGUUAAGCGACGAAUCAAGAAAACCUAUCCAACAUUUAUCUAUCAAGUGCAGGCGCCAGGAGAAGUAUGUUAAAACUUUAUCUCCUGACGCAUGGACCGGACUAGUAAAAAAAUCCCCGAAUCUGAAAGUAACCUUGAUAUUCGAUCACAACUGUCUUCUUCAAAAAGUUUCGUCCAUUUUAUGUCCAGAGAUACCCGUUAGUGAGCUUCGGUUGGAAACUUUUACGAUGCUUUUCGACGAAAUUAACAUGGCGGCUUCGUAUUACAAGCAUACGCUUGAACGCUUAGUUUUACAGACCCGAGGAUCAAAAGAACUUGAAGAGGCAUUGAUUAACAUCGCUACGAGAUGCCAGAAGUUACGGAGUUUGUUGGUUUAUUGUGUAUUAUCCAAAGAAGUUGUAGAGAAUAUUUUAAGCCUGUGUCCUACAUUAAAGGAAAAUAAUAAUUAUAUUUUAAAGUGGACCAAAGAUCCAGAACCGUGGAUUGUUGGGGUUGAGGCAGGAGACUGAAUGAAUUGAUCCAGAUAGUGAUGUCUUCCAGGCCCGUCUUAAUGCAUGGGCAAACUGGGAAAUUGCCCGGAGGCCCCACACUAAUCUAUGUAAGUUGUGACUUGCUGUUAAAGUAGCUACAUGUAAGUCUCUAACUCAAUAUCAUCCAAAGUCUUCGACAUCGAAAACACAAAUUAUUUGGCAAUUUAUAUCAACAUUAAUGCUGUGAUCUUACCGGGAAAAGAUGGGCUUCUGAUAUCCAAUAUUUAAGACAAAAUAAACGUUUUACCAUUCGUGUACCAUAAUGCGUUCCAGUGCCAUUUGUAACAAGGGGCUCGAAGAAUGAGGCUAGACAUAUUCCACAAGUCAUGUCAAACGGUGACGCCAUAGGAUAUGGUCUUAUGGUUCUCUAACCAUGGAAGUUGUUCUUUCUCUUUCUAGAGAGAGAGAGAGAGAAAUGAGGUUUAACAUCCACUCGACACAAACUAGGUCAUUUUGGGACUAACAAUUUUAUUUAUCUCUUACAAUCAAAACCAUGCCACUUGAUUAAAUGACAGACUUUAUGAUCUAAAACACAUGCGUUAUAAAUCAGUCGGCCCACCCACCCCCGCCCCUCUCACUGACAGACCUUAUGAUCCAAAACACAUGCGUUAUGUAUGAACCAGUCAGCCACACACCCCACCAACUCUCAAUGGCAGACCUUAUGAUCCAAAACACAUGCAUUAUAGACCAGCCAGCCACACACCCCACCCCCUCUCAAUGGCAGACUUUAUGAUCUAAAGUGCAUGCAUUAGACAACACACACCCCUCCCCCCAUCAAUUCAAAAUCACACGUAAGAAACAAAAAUUUGUCUUAGGUUAAUUGUUUGUUUUGAUACCAUUAAUAAAUUUUCUAUUUUGUACAUAGUUAGUUUUUUUAAUAGAAAUUGUCUGAAAUGUGUGCCUUAUUAUAUGAAAAGUCCCGGGGAAGAACGAUCUAAGUCACUUUUUAAACGAAACCCAGUUAACAGCGCCAUCUGGUAGCAAAUUGUAUAAGCUUUCUGUGGAACAAUCAAUUUCAGGUAAAAAACGAUCAGAGUCACAUCGAACCAAGGCCCUUCUGAAAUGGCCUCCUGGACAAAUACGUCCAUCGUACCCUUUAUUUGACCUCAAUUUGGCUGAAAAGUGGAAGUCAGUUGUUGUACUGGUAAUUAUGAUUCAUAUUAAAAAUCAUUUUGAAGUUGUAAGUAAACCCACUUGUUAUUCUGUUCGUGUCAAGCAUUUUCGUCAAAAAGUCUGUUUCAGGUAAAAAACGAUCAGAGUCACAUCGAACCAAGGCCCUUCUGAAAUGGCCUCCUGGACAAAUACGUCCAUCGUACCCUUUAUUUGACCUCAAUUUGGCUGAAAAGUGGAAGUCAGUUGUUGUACUGGUAAUUAUGAUUCAUACUAAAAAUCAUUUUGAAGUUGUAAGUAAACCCACUUGUUAUUCUGUUCGUGUCAAGCAUUUUCGUCAAAAAGUCUGUUUUGCCUUUCAUCCAAAAAGACAAAAAUGCGAGGUAGAUCGUUCUUCCCCCUGACUCUUCAAUUGUUAUUUGCUAGUUAUAUCUUGCUUUUAAAUACUUUUAUAAUUUCAUAUUUUCUUAAAACAAUGGAUUUUCUUUUAUCUAAUGUAUAUAAGUUGUUUAAAACAAUAUCUCACAUACCAGUGUGCAAUAACUGUUUUAAUUAUUAGUCGGUAUACUAAUAAAUAUCAUAUACUUUA